UCUGCGCCAGGGCUGUCAAAGUGUUUUGUUCUUUUCUCAACAUAUUUAUAGGGUUGCGCGUUCUUUUCUCAAACUGUUGCGCUCUGGGGAAUUUCUUUCCCUUUACAAAAUGUGGCCGUCCAGCUGAUUCUAAUUUAACUGUGUACAUGAGUUCCUCAAAAUAGUUAUGGGAAAAUUUUAAUUGUUACGAAAAAAUGGAAGUAAAUCGUUCAAUUUUAUUAAAUUCAAUAAAUGAGAUUGUUAAUGAGUUGGUGGACACGUCCUCCUCUUCGUCCGAUAAUGAAAUCGAAUCGUUAGUUUUUAGAACGAAUGUACGUCCCAGAGUAAAAGGAUUUGUUGAAAAUGUGAAUUCCUUCUCUGCGCAAGAGUUUAAGAAAAAUUUUCGUAUCAAUCGUAAUGUUUCCGAUUAUCUCACGGCAAAAUAUGCCUCAAGUUCGUGGUACACUACUAGGAGUUACAAGGGAGGAAGGCAGCAAACGCCAGUAGAAACUCAGAUGCUGGCAUUCUUAUGGUUUGCCGCCAAUAAAACUACAAUCAGAGAAGUUGGAAACCUUUUUAAUAUGUCUUUGUCGAAUUUCUAUAAAACGUUCAAUAAUGUCAUGAACUUUUUCGUUAAAGAUAUGGCGCCAGGAGUAAUAAGGUUCCCAAAAGACACUCAAGAGAAAGACGUUAUUGCAAAGGAAUUUGAAAAUAUAGCUGGGUUUCCAAAUGUUUUGGGCUGCAUAGACGACAGUUUUAUCACAAGUGGAAAACUAAAACAUAAAACGCGUUCCAGUAAUGAUAACAUGCACGAUUGCGUGUCCAUAACUUUACAAGGUAUUUGCGAUGCGAAGCUACGGUUCUUGGAUAUUUUUACUGGAGUGUCAAACAAGACAAAUGACGCAAGAGUGCUAAAACUGUCCUCAAUCGGAAAAGAAUUGCCAAAACUAUGCGCGCCUAGAUACUAUUUACUAGGUAAUUCCGCAUAUCCUCUAAGAGAGUACUUGCUAACACCAUUCCGAGAUAAUGGAAAUUUAAGUGAAGCAGAAAGUUUGUAUAACACGAAGUUUGUCAAAACUAGAGUGAAAAUCGAAAAUGCCUUUGGAAUGUUGAAAUCACGCUUCCUUCAGCUAAUGCGACUAGAUUUUCAGAACGCUGAGUCGAUGUCAAAAUUCGUUACAUCGUGCUGCGCUCUUCAUAAUAUUUGUAUUGAAAUGGAUGACUUCUUUGAGUUCAGCACCACAAAUGAUGAGGCUGGAAAUAUUUCCGCCGAAAAAGAAGAUACUAGAGAAUAUUUACCAACACAGUUAGGCGAAAUAAAACGAAAUGAAAUUAAAAACCACUUCUACUCUUCCAGACUAUAGCACAUCAAUUGAUUACUUUCAGAAAUUAAUUUCUUAGUUUCAAAUAGGUCACAUAUGAACGUCAUAAAUUUCACAAGUUGUUUAAAAAAUAAGUGUGCGUUUAUUUUAUCAGUCUUGGAUUAUUAAAUCCCUGAAUGAAAGAGAUAAAGGUAACCAAAUAAUACGUUUGAGAAAAAAACAGCUGAAAAUCUCUCUCCUAUCUCUUCGACCCUGAGGACGAAGUGUUUUUUUUCAAUCAUUCGCAUUUCUUCAACUAUUUGGGUCAUACUAUUGAUGAUGCCAUCUUCGAUAUCCUGUAUUUGUCACUAGCUGUAAUCUCAGAUUCUCAACAUCGGGCUUUCAUGGUAAAUCACAUCACCUAAGUUUAUUAAAACCCAACGGUGGCGGAUACGAAGGCAAAUGAGUUUUCGAUGAAAUUAAUGAAAACGGUUUAUUCAUUGCCAAAAUUGCAACGCAAUGCAAAUCUGCAAAAGCGGAACGGAGAAUUGCAAUAAAAAAAUAAUAAUAAAUUAAAUAAAUAACUCAACAUAUGUAUUUAAGAAUUUUAUAAGCGAUAUUUUAAAUUAUUUG